CGAAAUGGAGGAGAGUCAAACAUCGGAAAGUGUCGCCGUGCUACCGGACAUGUCCGAACCGUUGACGAGCGAGACCGAGGAGGCGUCCUCCCUAACGACCGAGCACGAGGCGCAUCCCGUCGCCGUGACGGCGAGCGUCACUUCGGUACCGGGUGUUCCUGGUGUUCCAGGAGUCGGUGUACCGGUUUCUUUGCCCGUUGGUUCCAUCAUCGGUGUAGCGAACUCAACCAACGGCACGACCUUCAACGUCAUCACCUCGGACCAGUUGCAAUUACCUGGUUCGGGGCAAUUCAAACAGAUGCUAUGCGUAGAUAACGGUUUUAUUUGUGAACCCCGACAUGACAAAGAUUCAGAUCCUUUACGCUGGAAUGGAGAACUAAAGGCAACACAUAUAGUAAUACAAAACAGUACAGAGGAACAUGAAUCUGAGCAAAUACACGUUUCUACUGCUAAUACGCAACAGAUAUGCAGUUGGUCAGAAUCUGCAAAUUUAGCAGUAUUGCCUGUUAGAUGUAAGAAUACAAAUGCAGAAUUGCAUAAAAGUAGAUUUGGAUCUGGAGCUAGAGGGAGGUGUAUAAAACUUGGACAAGACUGGUAUACACCAAGCGAAUUCGAAGCACUCUGUGGUAGAGCAUCAAGUAAGGAUUGGAAAAGGAGUAUUCGAUUUGGUGGUAGAAGUUUGCAGACAUUGAUCGACGAGCAAAUUCUAAAGCCACAUGCCACCUCUUGUACUUGCGCAGCGUGUUGCGAUGAUGAGAGCGCGACGGGUCCAGUUCGACUUUUUACACCGUACAAGCGUAGAAAAAGAGCUAGAGAUGCGUCUGAUGGAGAUGUGCCAUCACGUAAAAUUAAAAGUGAUAAUUCACGAGACGGUAGUAAUAAUGAUGAAAGCGACGGAGAAGUCGUUAUACCUGAUAAAGAAGUAUGGCCACAGUUUGUUUCAACUGAUGGCUUAGUUGUACAACAAUCACAAGAUCAAGAUGGAGUUGUGCAAAGUGUUCAUCAAACAGAAAAUGGACAAAGCGACGACAUAUUCAAGAAACUUGAUGAGAUGUCUAAUAAGAUGUUAAAAUUAGCUUACGAAUUUAGACGUACUUUAGAAGAAGCUAAAGAAGUAAAUAGACAACAAAGACGAGAGCAAGCGUUAGUAGCUCAAUUAGGAGGUAGAGGAGAUGUUAUUGAAACUGUUGGAUUGCAACCGGCAACGGAUUCUCAUAACAAAAAGUGUGCCAAUUGUAACAGAGAAGCAUUUGCCGAAUGUUCGUUAUGUAGACGAACGCCGUAUUGUUCUACAUUUUGUCAACGCAAAGAUUGGGCAGGUCACCAAGUAGAAUGUGUAAGAGGUGCUGCUGAAACAGUAAUGCUUAUAGUAGAAAGUAGUAGUGGAGAGACUAGUGCUCUUGCAACGACUACUGGGGACCAAUAGCUAGUGUUCCUCACACCUAUUCACCAAAGGAAUAUAGAAACUGAACAAACUAACGUAGAAACUUCAAAAUUAAAAGAAGAGACAAAGACUUAACAAACUUCUUUGUUGAUCGAACGAUCGAAAAGUUCUGUACAUACGCUAGUAAAUCUUUUGUAUGUAUAUAAGUUUAAUUGUAAUGAUAUUGGUAAGUAUAUUUACGCGAACGAUGACAUUUUUAAAGAUCGUGAUUAGAAAUCAUAAAAAAACAUUAACGAAAAAGUAAAUAUCAUAUACCAAAUAAAAAUGCGAGGAAAUGCUUUAUAACACAUGCGCGCAUGUGUACAUGUAUACACAUAUACAUAUAUAUAUAUAUCUAUUUCACAUUUUUUAAAUCCAUAAAAUAUAUGUGUAUACAUAUCAUGUAUGUGUAUUACACAAUAAAAUAUAGUUCUAUGGAUAACUUUUUUUGUAUAAAAAUCUAAAUCGACCAAAGGAGGUAGAUACGCUUCUAUGGAAGUUAUUUAUGUACAGUAUCAUUUCUCGUAUUUUUUAUUUAUAGAUAUUUUGUAAUGCUAUUUUUCUUAGUAAAAUUUUUAAGAAAUGAUACUGAUUUACUAUUAAUUUUUAGUACAAAUAUUAAGUAAACAUUAGAAACAUUAAAUACUUCGAUUUAUACUUAAAAAAUAUGAUAAAUCAUUUAGCAGUUUUUUGUACAUAUUUGCAACUUUAAAUUACGGUUAUAGAAGAAGUAAUCUGAAUUGACUGUAUUUUUUAGUACAACCGUAUCAUAUUUCUUUACUUUAAAUAUUAAUUUGUAACUUUGUAUACGUAGUAUACAAAUCAUUACAACAUUAACACUAAAAUCUUGAUAGACACAAAGCAAUGAACGUGAUAUAUCGGUAAUCGGCGAUGUAUUAUUUACCUGAUGCAUUGAAUGUUUUGUUUAGUGACAUAUAUGGACAAGAUUUUUUUACUUGAGUUUAAAAGUGAUGUACUACACAAUAGUAUACAUAUUUGAUCGUGUAGAUAGACAUUUCUUUGCUUUUGUAUGUUCAGAAACAAAAAGAGAAAUAAACUAAUAUUCUAUUUAAUUAAAA